GUGUGUAGUGCCAAGAAAAUCGACACCUUGUCGCAUGCGGAAUUGUUUUUAUGGAAUCCCACUAACAAUCCAACAACAAGCUAGACUAGCGGGUAAAACUCGUCUGGGAAAUCUUAGGCAGCUCGCCGAAUAGAUUCAAUCCGUCAGAAGUGUUCUGACAUGAUAGAAGUACUUUGUCCCUGAAGAUCAACGAGCGAAGUUCGGAGCUGUCGUGGUCGUCGAAGUAGGUCCCAGAUAUUUUUCCCGCAGCUGUCCUCUAAUUCCAACCCUCGCUUCCAAUGGCGCUCAAGUCCUUCAACCCGAUACCGUUCGCAUAGGACCUUCGGGACUGCCUUUUCCGAUCCACUUGCGUAAUACGUUUCAGCCCUUGGAACAAGGAACCUGGAUCAAUCCUGGAGAUGGAAUGGCUGGAAGUACUAGUUUCAUACUUUUUUAAGACUUAGUAGAAAAUGAAUGCUAAGAAGUACUAGUAUCGCUAUCGAUCCCUGAUGAAAUUGACGUUUGGAAUGUUGCUGGUCUUGUUCUUGUCAUUGAUUUGGCUCGUUUUUCUUCUUAUAUAUCAUUCAACAACGUCAUCAGAACCCCGCAUUCUCGGUUUAGUCGUGCAACCAGAUGCAAUUGUGCUUGCAGGUUAUCCUUCGGUUGAGGGGUCAACUUUAACCUCUGCUGCGCAGGAAAAAGUGGAGGCAUUACUCAAGUUAAGAACAUUAAUACAGUGCUAGUACAACUCAUCGAUGCUCACUACUACUAUGGGGUUUUCCUUUUAGAAAUUUGACGUUUCCGCGAUCCGCCGACAACAACAUGGUCUAGCUAAAGUACAAUAUCGUCAGUCUGUUAUACGACCCCACCAUUAUUUCUUGGAUCCCCGACGUCCGCGACGUUUCUCCUCCCAUCCCCCUUUUGCUUUCUUUUCUCUUCUUGCGUCUUCUAACCAUCGAAACGCUUGGUGGUUCUUCUUCGCUUCAGGUGAAAAAGGGCAGCGAUCCUUGGUUUCGCAUUACCGGUGUCAACGAGGCAAACAGCAAGGACACCGCUGAUCAGAUCCACAAAGCCAUCGGAUGUACAGGCAUGUUUGAGCAGAUCUAAUGGCAUCGAUCUUUUAACGAAAAAUACAUCACUUUAUUCGACGGUUUAGAAGUACAAUACAUUAAAUGUCGAUUUCAGUAUCGUCUUUGGCUUCUAGAAUUUGCUUACUAUCGGCUUCUAGAAUUUGCUAUCAAAGAACGCACUCCAUGUCAUCAAGAUCUUUUCAUCUAGGUCUAGCACGCGAAUUUCAUCUACCUUUAAUUGCAUCUAAGUACUCUUCCAUCAUGUGAUGGUCGUUGUGAAAUAUUGUGAAGAGUUCAGAUCAACCUUAUUUUCGUUCUCCUUUGUCUGUCACCGAGAGGAGAGGGAAGAUCCACGGGGACAUCGGUCAUCUAUAACGGCGACGACUUUACUCAGGUCAUAUGCCUCGGUGUUCGUGGUCGACUUUAUUCAGGUCGCCUAUUCAUCCUCGGAGUCAAGCCACGUGCCGGGGGGCGUUGAUGUGCAGGAUUCACAACCUAACCUAGCCUUCUCCUUCUCAACACAGCUUUAUUAUCAUUUGUUCACUUCUACGGAAAGCAUGGGUAAAAAUAACGAUCAUGUUCAUGAUGAAGAUUAGAUAUUCGUUCAUGGGGAAGCGCAAACACGGGUACCAGCACGCAUCUGCAUUGUCAACAGAGUCUUGUGACGCAUAGAAGCAGC